AUGGCUCUCCCAUUCCGCGACAUCAACGUGCAAACCGCAUCCGACUCGUACAUCUUCUCCUCGCCCUCGAGUCCCAAUGCGCCCGCCCUCACCAUCGACCGCCCGACAGGCGACAUCCGCCUCAGUGAUGCAUCCGUCCUUACCGGGAAGCGCGUCUCCCGCGUCACCAGCAUCUCGGGUAUCCUGGGCAUGAUCCAGUUGCGGCUGGACAAGUACAUCAUCGUCAUCACCAAGGCCCAGCCCGUGGGCCGUCUACGCGGACACAUGGUGUACAAGGUCGUCUCGACCGAGCUCCUCCCCCUACGCGAGCGCCAAGUUCACGACCCCGAUGAGGACCGCUUCCUCGCCCUCCUCAAAACCUUCAUCAAGUCCGGUCCUAUGUACUUCUCGUACGCGAUCGAUCUCACCAACAGCUUCCAACGCCAGGCCCAGCAGGAUGUCGAACGCCCCCUUUGGAAGCGGGCCGACGACCGUUUCUUCUGGAACCGCUUCGUCCAGACCGACCUGAUCGACUUCCGCAACCAGGGCGGCCGCGGCCAGCCGGCACCCCAGCCCGGUAUCGACCCUUAUAUCCUGCCCGUCAUGUUCGGCAUGCUCGAGAUCCACCCGACGACAUUCAAGGGCACCCCCCUGACAAUAGCGCUCAUCACCCGGCGGUCUCGCAACCGGGCAGGCACCCGUUACUUCACUCGUGGUCUCGAUGACCAGGGCAACGCCGCCAACUACAAUGAGACGGAACAAAUCUUGAUCCUCAACGACAGCACGGCGGGACUUGGCGGCUUUGCGAGCAGCGCCGGGCCGGGCGUGCAGCGAAACGUCUCAGGCGAAGGCAAGGACAUGCAGAUCUUGUCGUACGUCCAGACCCGCGGUAGCAUCCCAGCCUACUGGGCCGAGGUCAACGUGCUCAAGUACACGCCGAAGCUGCAGCUCCGCGCUAUCGAGGCGGCGCUGCCGGCCGCAAGCACCCAUUUCGACGAGCAGAUCCGCAUCUACGGCGACAACUACUUGGUCAACCUGGUCAACCAAAAAGGCCGCGAGAAGCCCAUGAAAGAGGCCUACGAGCAGAUGGUUGACAUGCUCGUGUCGAACCCGCAAGAGCGCGUGCAAGGUGACCAGCGCACCGACGAGAAGUUCCACACCAUCGAGACGGGCGGCGGCCCGCAGCGCUCGCCCUUCGACCGGCUGCACUACAUCUACUUCGACUUCCACGCCGAGACCAAGGGCAUGCAGAUGCACCGGGCGCAGCUGCUCAUCGACCGCAUGCGCGAGGCGCUCGUCGCGCAGCAGUACUUCCGCGCCGCCGACAUGCCCGGCAGCCGCAUCGACGGCCGGCUCGAGGUGCGCAGCCUGCAGACGAGCGUGGUGCGGUCCAACUGCAUGGAUUGCCUCGACCGCACCAACGUCGUGCAGAGCAUGCUGGCGCGCUGGACGCUGGACCGCAUGUUCAUCGACCUGGGCCUGCUGCCGCGCGGCGCGCGCUUCGCCGACGAGGACGACGCCUUCGAGCUCAUGUUCCGCAACAUGUGGGCCGACAACGCCGACGUCGUCUCCAACGCCUACUCGGGCACCGGCGCCAUGAAGACGGACCUGACCCGCCUCGGCAAGCGCACCAAGGGCGGCGCCCUGCAGGACGGCAACGUCGCCGUCACCCGCUACUGGAAGAACAACUUCCUCGACGGCCCCCGCCAGGACGCCUUCGACCUGUUCCUCGGUGCCUACCAGGUGCCCGCCGGCGGCAUCGGGUCGGGCUUCAUCUUUGCCGACCGCCGCCCGGUGUGGAUCCAGAGCGUCCCGUACAUCGCCGCAUUUGGCUUCUUCUUCGUCCUGGUGGCCACGUACACUCCCCGCCUCCCCGACUCGGCCGUCUGGCCGCUGCGGCUGUUCACCAUAUUUUGGGUUGCCGUCACGCUAUGGAGCGUACAUUUCAUCUUCAGCAACGGCAUGCUCUAUGUCAACUGGCCCAAACUGAACCCGCGCCCCUGGGCGACAGAGGGGUACCACGAGACCAUCACCCGGGUGCGCAAGGACAAGCUGCUGGGCCCGCUGGUGGCGCGGCACGAGCGCGGGCUGAGCACGGCGCGGUAUAUCAAUGCCGAGGAGGGCAAGAAGAGGAUCGAGUAA